AUGAACCAUAACGACCCGAUUGAACGAGAUCACGGCCCACAGGAACUGCGGCUGGCGGAACCAUUAGAUGAGAGGUGGAUCAUGACACAUAAGGCAUUCACCACCUUGAAAACCAAGAUCGCGGCGACCCCAAUUCUCCGCCACUUCGAUGAGGCGAGAACGCCGGUAGUUAUCGUAUAUGCCAGUGAUUGGGUAAUAUCCGCUUCGUUGACACAAGAACACGACCGGAUCUACCAUCCGGUUGCGUUCGCCAGCCGCACCCUGAAGACGAACAAGUUGAAUUACAAUGUGACCGAAAAUGAGGUGUUGGCAUUGCUGACGAUCUUGGAUCUCUACUACAAUUUACUAGUAGGACGCGAGAUCCGGGUCCUAACGAGGCAUUCCACGAUUACAGGGUCGCCUAGGGCAAUGGUCAUUCCCUCUUGGCCCCGUGGACUCACGAGAUCACGAAAUGCACGAAAGGCGAGGACAAGAUACGGGGGCGAUAGCGCCAGCAUCACGCCGAGGGCGAAGACGGACGACGCUCUAAUUGAUAUCGCCCCUCGGAAGGAACAUAAACGCCGGAUUCAAACUCCUAUACGCACCGUGUAUCGAGAAGAGGAUUUAUGGGUGGUCGGCUUUGAUGGAUUGGCUCGAGUGAAGCGUGGCGGGGGCGCGUUCAGCGCGAUCGUGUGGAGUCUGCCCGGAUGGGAGGUGGUCAAAGCUAGAUCGGGCUAUCUCGAGAGCCUCACCGUGAACGAAGCAGAAUACAACGGCCUGCUCCUGGGACUCGACAUGCUAGAGAACCUAGAUCGCAAGCGCCUAGUGAUCUGCGGUGUUUCCAACUUAGUGAUACGACAAGUACGGGGCGAGAUCGAUUGCAAAGCACCCUGGCUGACGCUAUUGAAGCGGAAGGCCCUCGAUCGCCUGAGGAAAUGGGGGGUAAUGAACUAUUGCAUUUUAGCGAGUGCCGCUAUGCAACGACAAGGCGGGAUCGAGGUCCAAGGAGGGCCCGAACACGAAGCCCUCGGCAUCCUGAACCGCGGUCACCACCCAAGCUUCUCGAGCAAGAUCACCCGCGGGAGUCAUGCAAGAGGACCUGAACCGGGAGAUGCGGGCCGAUCGGAUCCGGCGGGCUCAGGAGGAGGAAGUCUGGAUCGCAGGCAUGAAGAAGUAUCUGAGAUCGCAGACCUCACGCAGGCGCAAGCAAGAUCGUACGGCAACAUCGUUGCCGACUAUGAAGUGGACGAACAGGAUCUACUCUUCUACUACCCUCCCACGCCGAGAUCAGGGGAUGAUCACGAUCGGUUGCUGAGAUUGGUAGUUCCCGAAAAGCUGCAAUCGGACGUCUUACAUCACUAUCACACUAUGCUGGAAGGAGGAUAUCAGGGAGUGGGGCGUACCUACCAGCGGAUUAGGGAUCACUUGCCCUGGAGAGGACUAUAUCGGAGGGUUCAGCGAUAUGUGGGGGAAUGCGUGGACUGUGAAACGGGAAAAGGAAAACCGGUGAUACGGGGUGAAUCACCAGGGAACUUGCAGGCGAAAUACCCGUUCCAGAUCAUUGCGAUGGAUCACAUACCUUCGCUGCCCAAAUCCCACAAGAGGAAUACGGAGCUAUUGAUCUGGGUCGAUCUGUGCACAGGAUACGUGAUCGUGAAAGCUAGAUCGUCCCAGUCAGCCCAGACGGUCGCGGAAUCGUACGAAGAGUGCGUAUUUCGGCGAUUCGGUGCCAGCGAGAGGAUCCGGCAUGAUCGAGAACCCGGGUUCAUGUCCGACUUCUUCCCAGCGUUUAACAAGAUCCUGGGACAACGGCAGCAAGCGACGAUGGCAUAUUGGCCGCAAGCCAACGGGACCGCCGAAAGAAUGGUGCAGACGGUGACCAGGGCGCUCAAAAUGUACGUUCGCGAUCUGGAACGGAAGGAUUGGGAUGAGUAUGCCGAGCGACUUACCUUCGCGAUCAACACGGCCCACGAUCGGAUCCGAGAGGAUACCCCUCAUUAUCUGGUGCAUGGGUGGGAUCCGAGAUCGACGUUGGAGGCUAAACUUCCAGUCGGAUGCACUGAACGGCGCGAUCGAGAUGCGCGGCGGUGGCGUUAUUGGGUCCAGCGGCAUUAUCAGCAGUCCCGGGGGCAAGUCAACGCCAAAUUGAGGGAAGCCAUUGCAGAUCUGGCCAGCCGACAUAAUGAGGACGUCGGAUCGCACAAGAUCGAGGCUGUGUCUCGCGUCUGCUUAUACCUAGACCGGGUGAAGGAAGGAUACGCGUGGAAAUUGGCUCACCUCAUCAAGCUCGAGAUCGCGGGUACUGGGUACCAGAUCUUCCCAGCAGUUCACGUGUCGAAGCUGAAAUUAGUCAAGGACUUUCCGGAUCGGCCGCGAGUAGAACUCAAGGGGGACGAAUCGUAUCGCCCCGACUUCGAUGAAAUCCUGCUUCCGGAGGACAGCUGGGUCCCAGAUCUCGGAGCUGACGAGUACGAAGUCGAGCGGAUCUCGGAUGUGCGGAGUGAGAAGAAGACGCGAUUUGGUCGGAUCUACCGAGAAUUUCUGGUGCAUUGGGUAGGAUAUAACGAGCCGAUCUGGGUCGAAGAAGCCAAGCUCAACUGCGGGGCAAUACUGAACGCCUUCCUGCGAGAUCGAGCUAAUCGUAACCGCUUCAACAUAUACAUCGAACGAGUCACUCAGGAGAGAGUAACCCGCCCGCCGUCGGGUACACAAGGUGAGCAAGAACUAAACCAGACCACGGAUCAUCGGAGGAUCCCCUUCGUUAGCCGGUGUCCGGGUGCCAGUAUAUCGGGAACCGCGACAACUAUAUUUUCACGGAUUCCGCUUCACCACACAAACGGCCAGCGAGAACGCUCGGUGAAAACAGUCAUGCAGUCAGUAAGGGUGUACGCAGAGGAUCAACUGCAGCAGGACUGGGACGAGAUCGGACAGAAAAUGAUCUUCGCCAUCAACCACUCGCUGGAUAGCACAAGCAAAAGUAACACUGUUUUAUCUCGUGUAUGGAUGGGGCGCGCAAUCGACGCUCAAGGCGAUGUCCUCGUCACUUCGAAACGAUAA